AUGAAUAAAGAGGUAAAUAAAGAGCCUCACCAAGGUGCAAAGGCUUGCAGUCCUGGGUAUCACAGGAGCCAGGCAGCAAAAGGAGUCAUAAGGCUUAGGGAGUCAAAUCUCUGGAAGCCGACUAACUAUGGACAUUCAAGAAUACUGGACGUGAUCAGAAAGCUGAGUGGUAACAAAAGACCAAACUUAUUGAAUAAUCCAACGGACUACUUAGUUGUCAGGGAGGACUGGGAUGAUAACUCAGUGAUAAAUAAACAUGAGACAUCAGUCUAUACUGAUGCCUCCGUAACCAAAACGGGCACAGGCAUUGGAAUCUACUCUGAGGCGCUCAAUAUCCAAAAGUCAUACAGACUAAAGAAUGGCUGCCGCGCCAUACAGGCAGAAAUCUGUGCAAUAGGGGAGGCAGUUAGGCUAAUCAGGGCGAGCGGCAAACCAUUAGGAAAUGUCAUAAUUUACUCUGACAGUCAGGCUGCGCUUAAAAGUAUUGCAUCAAAAUCGGUGAGAUCAAAGGUAGUGAUGAGUUGCCAAGAAGCACUGUCCUGGAUCCGCGGCGACGGGGUCGGUCUGCGCUGGGUCCCCGGCCACAGAAAUGUGGUAGGGAAUACAGGCGCGGACGGACUGGCAAAGCUGGGGGCGAGGGAAAGCGGUGCGGAGGUUAUAGACUCCCCACUACCACCGAUCAGUUCAUUGAAGGAUGCCAUAGAGAAAAUCACAUUGGAGAAACAAAAAGAAAUUUGGCAAAACCGGAACGAUUGCGGUAUAGCCCGAAAUCUAUGGCCCAAGAUAGACAACAGUAGGACUGGGCAAUUACUGAAACACAAGAAAAACCUGGUUCGCAUAGCGGCGGGAGUUAUCACAGGAAACUGUGCGGUCGGAGUGAACCUCCAGAAAUGGAAAAUCACAAAUGACAACUACUGCAGAGAAUGCAACGAGGAAGAAGAAACAAUUGAACAUCUGCUGUGUCGGUGCCCAGCCAUAGUAAACCGACGUUUCCAGAUAAUGGGACAGGAAUUUCUGGAUGGAUUGGAAGACGCAGCAGAGAUGGAGAUUAAUAAAAUAAUGAACUUCGCACGGAACUGGAAAUGUUUUCGGAGCGAGGUGGUAAAGAAGGGUUAA